AGAAAGAAAAGAAGAAAGAAGGAUAGAAAAACAGGAUUCUCCACGGGAGGUUGGGCGUAAUUCAUUCAUCGGUUUGACACACGCCCGCGUGUGGCCCUGAACCCUAAAGAGUUGCUGCGCCUCAAGACGUUUCAGCUCCGCCAAUCCUUUCAAUUCUCCUGCCAGGUCUUUUGAAACCCAUUCGCAAUGGCUGACUCAGAGAAGGCUCCAGAAAUCCUGGAAUCCCCAGAUGUUGAAGAUGUCGACUCCAGCUAUAAACCACCUCCAGAAAAAAGCAUUGAGGAAAUCAUGGCUGCGGAUAAGGAAGAUGAGAGCCUCCGCAAAUACAAGGAAGCUCUUUUAGGGGAUGCCAAAUCGGGGGCUGUUGUGGUCGACCCCAAUGAUGAGCGUAAAGUUAUUGUGAAGAAGCUAGCUUUGUGCGUCCCGGAUAGACCAGACAUGGAAUUGGACCUCAGUGGUGAUGUGUCACAGCUUAAAAAACAAGUCUUCACCAUCAAAGAGGGAGUCUCUUACAAGAUUCGUAUUGAUUUCAUUGUCCAGCGAGAGAUUGUCCAUGGUCUCAAGUAUGUUCAAAAGACCUACAGAAUGGGUGUCCCAGUGGAUAAAAUGACGCAUAUGGUCGGAAGUUACCCACCCAAGACGGAGAUACAGUCCUACACAACCCCUGCCGAAGAAGCACCUGCUGGAAUGAUGGCUCGUGGAAGUUACUCUGUCCAGUCACUUUUCACUGACGAUGACAAGCAUGAGCACCUGAAAUGGGAGUGGUGCUUUGAUAUCAAGAAAGAUUGGAAAGACUAAAUUCAGAAAAUUGAUCUUACGUUCUAACCUAUAUCCAUUGGUUUCAUUUUUGCUUUCUGCGUUUGGGAAUUAUGCAUUUUAGUCUAUUUCCUCAGGACUUGCCUGGCUGUUGGUUUUGAAUCAAAAGUUUUCUUAUGAUGAAAAUGAACUGACUGUUGCUGAAAGAUUUGCAUUUCACCCCAUCUUGUCACAAACUAACAUUUAGUAUGCAUAGCUAGAGACUGGGUAGUACAGCACUGUGACAUAAUCAAUUACUUCAAGAUUUGGUGUUUUGCAACUUUUCUUAAUCAGAGAUUAAAGAUAAUAUUUUGUGUAUUGCCCUAUUUAAUAAAGAGUCAAAUAUUUAUGAAUGCAUUUAUACUUAGGUAUUUACCAAUGUCAAAUCUUAUUUUGAUGGAUUUUAUUUCAGUUAGUCCAGUAGAUUUGUUUUUGAGCUUGAGGCAAAAUAGGGUAUGAAUCAUGUGUUAGUAGUUGGACUUGUAAAAAUAUUGUACGGCUAAUUGCUGCACUCACUUAGUGGCUGUUAAAUUCUCAGCCGAGAGUUGUGACCAUCCUCUUUUAUAGGCUUUAUGGGUAAUUGACCAUUUAUUUCUCCAAAGACAGUGAUAUAAGAUUAGCAGUAUUAUUGACCAUGAUACCUUUGACCACAUAGAUAAUUAUAUAUCCCAAUACUGCUUCAACUUGUCCUGACAAUUUUGCAUUUGCCUUGUUAAUGUUCAGAACAAGAAAAAUUUGCUUGAAUACCAGUAAAUUUUUCGGUCAUUUAGUUGUGCCAAUACCCGCAUUUUCUGUGUGCUCAAUGCUGUGACAGUGCAUCAGCAUGACACAAAUGUGAACUUUUCAGACCAGGAAAUUAAUUUUUAUGUAAUGUGUUUGUUUUAAGAUUUCCUUUGACCAAACAACCAGUGAUAUUUCAUGCUGCAUUUUGCUUUUUUAGCCAAUGGUUGAAUUGAAAAACUUUUGAUUAGUUUGAUAUCUCUAUUGUUACUUUGCUCUAGCGCUCUUUCCCUGCGUAAUCUUAUUCUUGCUUCAUUUAUAUUUUUCUGUUUAUUUUUUGAACCUUUAGAACAGUAAGAAAUUUUGAUAAGCCAACUUUUAUAGUGUAAUCAUUACUUGCUUUCUCUGUCUUUGCAUGGUUUGUUCUAGUUUCCUAGAGUUCCUAUGAAUUUUGCAAUUUUUCUUAAAAUUGAAAGCUGAAAAGGUUACCGAUGAUGUGUACUUUAAACUUCUAAACAUUAAGAUUACAGCUGCAUGUUCUGUUAGGUGCGUCAUGUAUUUGAGUGAUUAGAAAAAGACUUUGGAAGAAGGGGUUUGUUACUUUGUCCUACUCCUGAUUUCUUGUAGGUAUUAUUUUCUUAUCUUAAAAUACCAUUUUGGUGAGAAGCUAGGAUUUCAAAGAUUACUAAUUUUGAUCAAUUUUAUUUAUAUACCUAGCUGUCUAGAUCCUCAUCUUUACCAGUUAUGUAUAAUGCAGUAUUUCCUAGAAUUCUGCUUGUACUGAUUUGAUAUGUAAAGAAAUCUGUAGCAUUAUGUUUACUUGUGUCUGCUCUUAAUAUUUUUAAAGCAAUACAGUGGGUGUGUUUGUGUGCAUGUUGCAAGUGAGAUUGCAGGUCUGUGCAUUGAAACAAAUGGAUACUAGGGCUCUCAGCCAGAUUCUAGUUCCUUGCUUUCGCACUAGAGGUGCAUCUCCUGGUGAGCUUAUUCAUUUUAAGUAAGUUGUAAUCAAAUGUAACACUAGCCAUUGCCAACUCUGGUUUUCUUCUAACAUCCAGACUGUGGGUUGUUGAUUUUAUGUUGUUGAAAUGGUUGUGUGUGAAGCCAAUGUGAUUUUGUGUCUACAUUGAGCAAUAAUAACUUGAAACUAUGUAGUUCUUGUGUUCUCAUUGCUUGUUAUUGUGCCGGUAAUGUAACAAAACUUUUGCAAUUCCCUGAACUAUUAUUUUUUUCAUAUAAUGAAUUUUUGAGAAAUUUUGCUUUUAUUUAACCAGGAUUAGUGAUUUUUGUCAUUUUUCUUACAUGUUAUAUUGGACUGUUAUUUGCCACGUUUAUCUGUUUUUCAUAGGAUAUUGGAUCUGUACCUUGCUCACAAUGGAACAUCUUAAAUCUCAGAGUACCUAGUCAGUCAGCUGUGAAUGGUUAUGAUGUCAAGAUCCAUUAAACUUGUGAGAUCCCUUAGAUUAAGAUGUUCCUUUCUUAGAGAUGUGUUUAUAGUUACUGUAAUUGGUCCAAUUCCAUCUGCCAAUCAUUUUGUGUUUGAAUAAAGCCAGUUGUAUUUCAGCCAAA